AAUGCUCGAUCCCCGACGGUUUCACUUUCAUUCGCAACGCGCACGCGCAACUGUCAGGGUCGCCAAAAAGAGCACCACCGCACCACUCAACCACCACGAUAUUCGAAUGAAAAAUAUAUUCAAAUCCUGUAAAAUAAAUAACAAUUGCGUGGCAUUUCGGAGCUCAGAGAAUAAACAUUACAAUUGUUUUAAUCGAAUAGAAAAGUGAUUAUAAGUGAGCUUUAAUUGGAAGGCAAUCAACAUAAAUAAUUGAGUGUUUUCAUUUCAUUUCGCUGGAUACCACCCUCGCACCCCAUCCUCCGACAAAAAGACAAACCCAUCGCGCAAUACUUAAUGGAUGCAGCAACUCCAUGUGGCCCAAACACAAGCAUCUGCUAACGGCGGCAGCGACGAUCUGCUGUCUUUUGGCCAUCAUCCAACCGGCCCUUUUAGCCAAUCCGCCAGAUACCCAGGCCCCUCCCCCCCGCAAUGACACAGAGGCAUUCGACCAUGGGGGCGUGGCGGCGGAUGGAGGCAUAAACUCCGGACUAAAUGACAGCAGCGUCAAGGAGCAGGCAGGCGGCGGACUUGAAAAGGAGGUCAUCGAAGGUCUCGGCUCCAAGGAGGUCAGGGAUCUGGACAAAGAAGUCUCCACCACCGGCGACAGAGAUGCGGAGUUUGUGGGAGUGCCCGGUUUUCUGCCAACGGUUCUGCCUCCCAAGGACACCACCAGUCCCACCAAUGGCCAUGGUUACAUUCAGUUUGAGGUCGACGAGGAGCUGCCCGUGGAGGUGGUUCGCCGACAGAAACCCAUCCAACAGACCCUCACUCGCUCCCGGACGGAAACUGUCAACGAAGUCCUCUCCAAUCUGUUUCCCAAUGGAUUUUCCGAUAUCUUCCGGUACAGUGGCAAAGAUGGCAACAUGGAAACAGUUACCACAACCACUAACAAGGCGGUGGUGCGACCCACAGUGGAUGUAACCAGCACCACCGAGGCAACAACCACUGAGCCGGAAACGGAAACUUCCACAAAGGCAGCCAAUGAUACGUAUUACUCCUACCAGACCACAGUGACCAAGGAGUAUCGCCGGGAAUUGGGUCCAGGACACACGGAGAUUGUGGUUGAGCAGAUCCGGGAACCGGGCUUUAGAGAUGGCAGCAACCACAUUUCCAGGGACGAUCUCCUGAGGAUCAAUCGCGCCGCGGUGGCAGCCCCUGUCCUGCCAAGUUUGUUGCUCCGUCCGGAGUCUGAUCCCGACGACAGUGAGACUUUGGUGGCGGCGGAGAGUGCUCCCAUUAUUAUCCUGGGUGAACAUGAGUCGGACUUUGAAAUGCCAGGGCAGGAGAUUCAGGACAACCAAAUAGCCGAGACACGGCAUGUGAGCCGGGAGGCGUACCAGCAAAGACUGCCACCGCCCAGUUCCAGCAAACAGAACGGCAUUGAGAGUUACACCAACCAGAAAGGUCCUGGCCAGGAUCAGGAGAUAAACGUUCACAUCAUCCAUGAUGAGACGCUGGGCAAGAAUCAGGAUAAAUCAAAGGAUAAGGCGGCCCAGGAGAAACCCCAACAGGCACUGGAUCAUUAUCAAGCUCACAGCGAGCAGAGAUUCCAGCAGAGGCAUCAGAGUCACGAGGCACCUUCCAGGCAGUUCCUCAAGAGCUUCAAGCCCGUGGUCUCGGGCAGUGGCGACGGACCCAUUCCCAAGGGCGCCUUCCACUACGAAGUGCAGACUCCGCCCCAGAAACAACCCCAACCGGAGAACCCACACUUUUUGCGGCCUGCCGCCCAGUUGGCGUACCAACGGGAACUUGGUCAGGUGCAAGUCCAGCAUCCGCAGCCUCAGCAGCUUCCCCAUCAUCAUCCGAUAGAAUCCCUGCACACCAAGGCCAUCUCCUCUCCUCCAUCCCCGGCUGUUCAGGACUACUCUGGUUAUGCAAGACCCACUCCCGUAUCCGUCACACCUAAUAGUUUGGUUUUUGUUACCCUGAACACUCCUUCCCCACCUGCUGCCCCCCACUCCUCGCCCGCUCCUCACAUCCCGCAUACGCCCCUUGAGCCAGGAGUCCAAAUCACCGUGAGUCAUCCUCCCCCUCAUAGCUAUGUCCCGGAAUCCGCUGCAGAAUCCUCACAGCAACAUGCCCAACAUGCUCCAGCCCCUGCGAAGGCCCAUUCCUCCCAGCCGAACGGCUACACCUUUGUGGAAGUUCAGAAGUCCGUGAAUAUCCACAACAAGUUGAUUACGGAGAAGGAUGGCCGCUUGGUGGAGCAACACGAGACCAUUUACCAUCAGCCUUAUCUGCCGGCAAGUGCUUCUCCCGCUCCAGCGAAGAACUACGCAUCUCUGGCCAAGAAUCCCAUUCAUGUGGAGUACGAUAGCUCGCCCCAGGAGGUGGCCAUUUCACAUGCGGCGGUUCACUUGGAUACGGGACAUAAAGGACACUCUGAUAGCUCGAGUAGUGGUCACCAAAUUCUGCAUACUUCUGCCAGUUAUUCGGUUAAGGGGCAGCCGGGGCAACACGAUCAACAUGUAGUGCACCAUGAUCAGAAAGGGCAUCAUGAAACACAGAUACAACACGUGGUGCAUCAUCAGCAACCCAUUCAUCAGGUUCAUCAUGAAGAACCCAUACAACAUGUAGUACAUCAUGACCAACCAAUUCAUCAGGUACAUCAUCAACAACCCAUUCACCAUGAACAGCAUAUAGUACACCAUGAACAGCCUAUACACCAAGUACAUCAUGAGCAACAACAACAUAUAGUUCAUCAUGACCAGCCUAUACAUCACGAACAACCCAUCCACCAAGAGCAACAUGUAGUACAACAUGAACAACAGGAUAAUCCAGUACAUCACGAUCAUCAGAUACACCACGAACAUGAAGUCCAUCACGAAGAACCCAUCCACCACGAGCCAUUAAUCCAUCAUGAACAUCACGAAUCACACGACCACCAUGAACCCCUUCAUCACGAGCUUCACGAGCAUCAUCCUGUGAAGCAACAUGUUGUGGAAAAACAUAUCCCUGUUCCAUACGCCGUACCCCAGCCAGUGCCCGUACCCGUUCACGUGGAGCACUACGUCGAUCGUCCGUAUCCGGUAGAGACCAUCGUGGAGCACGCCGUUCCAUAUCCCGUGGAGAAAGUUGUGGAGAAGAUUGUGGAGAAACAUGUGCCCGUGGAGGUGGAACGCAUUGUGGAGAAGCCCGUGCCGGUGGAGAAGAUUGUGGAGAAGUUCGUGGACCGGCCAAUGGCCAUUCCCAUCCAUGUUCCUGUUGCCAUACACAUGCCCAUGCCACCGCCGGGCCACUCCGCUCUGCCCUUCUCCCAUCCCAACGCAUUGACCCCGUGGGGUCACCACUCGGUGGCUCACAUCCCGCCGAAGGUGCUACAGAACUAUUACAACCGGAUGCUGAAGAAGCUGCUGCCGCAAUUGGCGGCCAAAAGCCCGGCUCUCCAAUCCCCGAAAGCCGUAAAGCUGAGCAAGCCCGUGGCUGCCCUGAAGCAGCCCGUGAAACCCGUUCGCGGAGAGGUGCCCAAAGUGGCCACUUUCAGCUUGGCGGACAUGCGCUUCGACUUGCGACCCCCGCCACCGCCCCAAGGCUCUCCCUGGCUUCAGGGUGCCCGCUACAUCUACAACACCCUACCCGCCGACCUGGCCACCGCCGCCGCCUCUGCUCCGGCCAUGAUAAAGUCCUACAUUGGCUCCGUGCCCGCUGCCACCUCGGGAGGUGCUCCUCCAGGCGGAGACACUGCACUUGGCGACGAUUUCGACGAGUUCCAGCGCUGGCGGAAUGGGCACUCCCUCAAACGAAGCCCCGACUUUGGUCGCAAUCUCCAGCUGGAGUACGGAUUCAAGCCGCCUCUGGUGCCGUCCAUGGAGAUCGACGACAAGGGGAAUCCCCUGAAGCAGGCGGAACAAGCGGAGACGCAAUGAAAAACUUGAACGAAUGCGUUGCGAAGAAAAAGCGUGCCAAAAUAUAAUGCUAUAGUUAUUGUAACCUAUUUAUGUAACAUAUUUAAAUCAAUGAAUGCAUUUAAUGAAAUCUUAUUAAACACACUCUUAAUAAAGAAUUAAAUAUU